AUUUCAUUGAAUUAAAUGUGUCACCAUUGCUUAAAGUGUGUUAAUAGGUAGAAUUCAGAGUCAUGUCGUCUAGAAAGAGAUUCGAUGUGAGAUUAGGGUAUUAUGGGAAAUGGAGGAAGUUUGUAUGGUUCAAGAUACUUGUGUUCCUGUGGAACAGAGCUGUUGGGCUAAUAUGCCUCAUGAGCUUCUGAGAGAUGUUCUGAUGAGGAUAGAGCGAUCCGAAGACACUUGGCCAUCAAGGAAGAAUGUUGUUUCUUGUGCAGGGUGUAGGAACUGGCGACAAAUUGUCAAGGAGAUCGUUAAAUUUCCUGAGGUUUUUAGCAAAUUCACUUUUCCAAUCUCCCUGAAACAGCCGGGUCCAAGAGGAUCACUUGUUCAAUGCUAUGUUAAGAGAAACCGUAGCAGUCAAACUUUCUAUCUAUUCCUUGGAGAAACAGCUUCAAAUGAUGAUGGGAAGUUCCUUAUUGCACCCAAAAGGUUUAUGAGGCCAACUUUCUCUGAAUAUAUCAUCUCUUUAAACUGCGAUGAUUUCUCGAGCGGAAGCAAUACCUAUAUGGGAAACCUAAGGUUGAGUCCUGGGGAAAAUCCUGGAGCUCAAAGUGCAAGCAUACUUGUCAGUUUGGAACAAGUGAGCCUGAGAAGUCAAUCUGGAAACUAUCCUAGAGCACAUAUCUCACGUGAGAUUCUUAAAGUCAAGAUCUUGGUCUUGGGUUCCAGAACCAGAAUAACGAAGCAUAAGAGGACUCAUUGUGUCAUGGAUGUCAUCCCUGCAUCAGCAGUAGAACCUGGAGGAACAACUCCAACUCAGACAGAAAUCGAUAAUUUCGUGUCAUUCAGGUCCCCUUCUGGUCAAAAGGCGAAGGAGUGCCAACUAAUGAUAACUUCUGGUCAAAAGCAAAUCUAAACCUU